GAUUAGGUAAAAAUUAAGUAUUGUUAUAUUGAAUUUGUGCUUGAUAAAUAUUUAUGUGAUAAAAUUAUUUAUGUAAAGAAAGAAAUAUAUACGCUAAUUUUAUAGAUUUACAAUAUAAUAAAUUAUAAAGGUUUUUAAACAAAUUUUAUUUUGUAUUGGAAGUGAUAUAAAUGUGUCAUAAUCAUGGAUUAUAUGCAAGGGCUUGGACUUAAUAUUGAUACUGUAAUGACAGAUGAACUUAAAUCCCGACUUGAACCUACUCUGAAAGAUAAUUAUACUAAUAGUUUCAAAUUAUAUUGCAAAGAUAGCAUGAAUGAUAUAUCAUCUGCCGAUGACUACUCUCCAGCGCAACUGAUGAGACAUAAUUUAAAAUAUUCACUGGACUUCUUUAGGAACAGUAUAGAUACACCAGAAUCUCAUAUUAACGAUAAAGAAGAUGGAAUACAAAAUCUACAAGUUGUAAAUAUAUGUUAUCUUGAAAAAUCAAAUUUUAAUAGUGUUAAAGAAUCCAAUUUUCUACAUGUCAGAGAAAAUUUUAGUAACUUGUUGGAAGAAUCUUGUAAUAAUAAAAUUAAUUCAAGUACAUGUAAUCAGAAAAUUUCUGGUAUUGAUAAUGAAAGUUGUGCAAAUGUGGAAAAUACUAGUGAUAAACUCGAAUCUUCCGAAGAUGAAGAAAAAAAUUUAGAAAGAUUACUGGAACCAGACGUUAUAAUUUAUGAAAGCAAGUCUGAUAAUUCUACAAAUAAAGAAUGCAGUAAAACUGUUGUAAAUGAAAAUCAAGGUAAAACUCUUGAAAAAGCAAAUGCAGAUAUUCCUCAGGACCUUACGAUUAAAAAUAGUGAAGAAAUAACUCCUAAAAAGCCCAAAAUACGUGAGAAAACGCACGAAUGUAACAUUUGUCAAAAAGCCUUUAUGACCAAACUUCAGUUAACGGAUCACAUAAGAACCCAUACUGGAGAACGCCCUUAUACUUGUAAAUUAUGUAACAAAUGUUUCACUCAUUCAAGCACAUUAUCAAAACAUUCUCGUACACACACCGGUGAGCGGCCCUUUGUGUGCAGCAUUUGUCAUAGAGCAUUUGCCCAAAGUGGUCAUCUGACUUCUCAUGUGAGGGAAACACAUUCUGGUGAAAGGGCGCAUAAGUGCAAGUAUUGUGAUAAGGCAUUUGCCAGGAGUAAUGCGCUGACUGUUCAUAUGCGUCUACAUACUGGUGAAACUCCUUUUAAAUGUGAUUCAUGUGAAAAGGUAUUCAAAUCCAAUGGGGCUUUAGUAACACAUGCACUCACACACAACAAUGAAGACGAAAUGGACACUGAUGGACCUCUGUUGAUGUUUGAAGAUAAAAUCCAGCUGCUAUUAGAGAAUGAAGUUACACAUAAUUCUGAAGAAAGAAUUAAUUCCAAUGGAGCUUUAACGGCUCACAAUGUCACAUUUACUCCUGAAGGCAAAAUGAAACUCACAAGUGGACCUUUAUUCACACAUGAUAUUAUAAAUACCGAUAGUGAUAAACUUAAAUCUUUAAUAACACAUGAAAUAGCUCUGGCAGCUGAAGAUACUUUCAGAGCUAAUUAUAUUCAACAUGUUGUUACGCAAACUACUCAAAAAGAACUAUCAUUAGUUUAA